AGUCAGCCAGCCAGCAAGAAGUUCCUCUCUUCUAAUCUGUGACAAAAAUUUGAGAUAUUCCUACUGCAGUAUUUUUUUAUAACUCGACUUUUGAAGAGAAAAUCAGUUCGCGAUGCCCGCGGAGAAGAUGAGACUACGCGCAUGGAUCGAACAACAAGCAGACAGCGGCAGGCUUCGAGGACUUCAGUGGGUAGAUCGCGAUAAAGGCAUCUUUAAAGUCCCGUGGAAACAUGCUUCCAGGCAGUGUUGGUCCGUGGUCAAGGAUGCUUGCGUCUUCGAAGCCUGGGCGGCGCAUACCGGCCGCUACAGACGAGGCAUCGACAAGCCAGACCCGCGAAGAUGGAAGGCUAAUUUCCGCUGUGCCCUGAAUGCUUUGCCGGACAUUCGUGAGCUUCCGAAUCAGGGCAUCGCGCGUGGGCAAGAUGCGUACAAAGUGUACCAGAUUAUCAGGAAAAACGACAAGAAAGAUUCUGGGCAGUCGAGACGAGGACAGAGUAAAUGUGAGUAUUUCAAACGGCCUGACCAACACAAGAUCGACUUCUAAGGCGACUUGCGCUAACACAAAUAUAAACAACGAAACUAUCUGAAACGCUGAUGAAAUCAAUUUUAUUAUCUUAUUCAUUAUUCAGAGUAGUUGUUUGCCGCUCGCACAUAGUUAAAAAAUUGCCUUGCUGCAAAUUAGAAGAGCAUAAAUCAACAGUAUGUACCCUGCACCAAAGGUUUGGGAUGCUUGAAACCUUCCUUGUGCAUAAACCCGUGACCCCCUUGUUCUCUAUCCUUAACGGAUUAGCAAGUAAAAUAGCCAUAACAAUCUUUGAAAAAAGGCAAAGAUCAUCUGUAAUUCACUCAUGUUGUAGCAAAAUCAAUGUUUCUACUCAACCAAAAUGCAGUGCCGAAAUCAACGAGCAAUAUUUGCAUCAGGCGAUAACUGCGCUUUAAUUCUAAGAAAAAUGAAUACAUGCGGAUGUUGGACAUUUUCCCAGAAAAAAACCUAAAUGACGUAAUUUGCAUAUAUGGUGGGUCGCUUUUGGAAACAUCAACGUUUAAAGCGGGAUUUCUCACCCAGUUUAAAGUUUUCAGGGAUGUUAAAUGUCGGUUUCCUGUUUUUAUUACUGCGCUGGAAAAAUUGGACUUCCCCGGGAUAUUUUUUCAACGAAAAUCGCAAGGUUGAUUAGGGCGUGGUUUCUGUAGUCGCACCCUAUAGUAAAGCAGCUUGGGACAUUUGUGGAUUCAGCAUUCAAGCUUGAGAGUUUUCAUUAAAAAUGCGCGACAAAAUACGAUUUUAAAGCUUGUUUCAGCUAAUGCAUAGAUCCUAAAUGAAACCUUGCAAAUUUUUUCUUUUAGCAACUGCAUAGUACACGGCGUCCAUAACGCGCACUCAUGUUUCGACAAGAGAGGGUUGUUUUUGGUUUUGACUAUUCCAAGAAAGCGUCAUGCUAGUUUGAACAUAUUAAAUCUUUAAACCAAGACAUUGCAUUAUCGCAUAAAAGCUAAGUGUUGCUUUAGGCACUUGCGACAAAGGUUCGAAAGUCUUGAAGAAUGUUUCGAUCUUAUGCAAAGAUAAGAUUGGAUCAUAAUUGGCAGAACAUAAACAUGGAAAUGGCCAGUCUAUUCAGUGAUUCUUUCUGAUAAUGGAUUUUGCAAUUUCAGGAAUGACAUCGCAGUAAAUUCUCCAAACUAAAGAAUUCGUAAAUUACCUAAUCGGUGAUCUUAAAUGAAACACGGUUUUCUGCAAAUAGUGUCUGUAUCGUAUGAAGUCUUUUUACCAUGGAAUUCAAUAAGAUAAGCCAUGUUGUGCCAUCUUUUUCAGAUGGAGUUUGAUCAUGUGAACUAAAUCUUUCUCUAUGGCCACUUGCCGAAAGUUUGAACGCUCACAGUAUUUCGUUGAAUUAAAAUAUUUAAGAAUUUUACUUGUUGAAGUCAAGAUUGCGAAAAUCGAUUCUGUUUGGCAGUGUGCAAACAAGAAGAUUUUAAUUCGAAACUGGGAGUUCAACUCCACAAAUUCGACAAAUUCAGCAAAUUUGUGCGAUAGGCCACAAAAAAUUCGAAUUCCUUUGCAGAGAGCAAUCUGUAUUCUGGCCGGAAAAACAAGGAAAAACUAUGCCUUGCGGAGGAAUACCCAUAUCGAGGAGGAUAUAUAUCACGAGAAAGAGUUUAAAGUGCAAGGCGGAACUUCGAUGCUGACUGCUCGUGUUGGCUGCUGAGUCAUGCCCGGCCGCAAGGGGUGCAGCAGCCACCAGCUCGCAACUAGUUUAUUUUGUUUUCUUUGCUACCUUCCAGUGAACAUCGUGUGUUCGUACAAGAGCGCGGUUGUUUCUAAAAGUACACUUUUAUUGAAGACUAAAGUUGUGGGCGCGUUUGUAAACGAAACGUCUCCGCAAACAAAAAAAAUGGGUUGCUUUGUCUCUUUAGAGAUAUAGUACAUUAAAGAAAGACGAACGUUUAUCUAGUGAGGUUUUUUCUGUGUAUCUACUGCGAUGAACAUAACUGGCCCGGUACAACCCAUCGACGCAAAUAAUUUAAUCGUUUUGUCUCAGAAUGUAGUCAAGGGUCACUUAUUGCGCGGUCUUUUGCGACAUUCCGACUACUUCAGGCUCUUAGAACACAGACUUAAGACCUCGGCUAUAAUUCCUGCGGGAAGUCAAUCUUGACUGAGUUUGAGUAAAAGUCAGUAAUUGCUUUCUUCUGCAGCAAACGCCUCAACGAGUACAGUGGUUUCUACAUCAACUUCAAGAGAACAUGCUAGUUCAAGAAAGUCUGCAAGAAGGGACCAAGAGGAAUCUGUCAAAAAUAGAAUUGCUGUAAGUAGAUACUGUUUCAUAUUGGCUACCAGAAAAUAAAAUCAGUACAAUUGUUAAUUUCAUCAAGACGAAGGUUGCAGCUUGGCGGAAAAUAAAUGCUGGCAAGGCCCUUACAUGGGGAACAAUAUUAUUAUUUUAUUUAUAGUUGCACGCAGGUUUUUAAUGGAAUACAGGUAGCGGAAAUUGCUUAAACCAUUUGUUUCCCAUAAAUGGGGAAAUAAACAUUAAAACAAAACUUCAGGAAAAUAGCCAAACUACUUCCAGAAAAAGUUCCGUGUGAUUACCUUGAAAUACCCUUCUUAAUAUAAUUAAAUCUUUUGCCACGACUAAAGGAUUUUAUGCUCUAAGUAGGUAUGAGGAAAUCGUUAACACUGAUAGAAUGAUGAACUAAAAAUGGUACACCUCGCUUUUUUUUCGGUAUGAUUGAGGCCGCUUGGCAAAAUAUUAAAGUCAUCUUUAAAGAUUCAAAAUGAAGGAAGGAAAGCCAAGUUAGUUUUGAAAAGCAACAACGAGUGAAUCAGGCUUAAAUGUUUUUCGCUUUGUUAACCUCUCGCUCUGUCAAUUAUACCCCUCGCAUUUCAGUUUUUGAGAUCGUUAAAUACCAUAAAAACAACAUAAAACCAAGUUCUCCUUAGGAACUUAUCAGACAAUCCGCAGUACGUUAGUGAAAGGGGUGGAAAGACAUAAAGUUAGGCGGUGUGAAUGUCAGUUUAUCCGGUUAGAUAACACUGUAAACUGUACGUUCAGAUAUUAUUUCUCAGAAAAACAUUAAAUAAGUAUUCAACACAAUUUAGAAAACUUACUGUUAAACUUUCGAACCAACGAAAAGGUUGGAAAACCGAAAAAGAAAAACGAAAAGCGCGUUCUGUAAGCUUUAAUGUGUUGUCACUUUAUUCACUGACAGGGAAUACUGAGUUUGUUUCAGGUGGCAAAAAUAGCCCUUUCGUUUAAGCGAGUGACGUUUAUAUUACCAAUUUUGCUUUGCUUCGGUCCGGUCACAGAACAUUACAUUUAUGAAUAUAUUUGCUUCAUUGCUUCAUUUGCUUCAUUAAUCUAUAGACAGUUGUGUUUAUAAGAGCACGGGCUUUUUCCCAUGAUAAAAUGAAAAUAAAAUGUUGGCCGUUCCUUUCUGUCGCUGCCCAAACCCUGUACUUAUAUUUGAGAGUGAUCUCAUUUGUAAUACAUUCGUAUAGCGUAUAGUAUUCCUAUCGUGGUGCCGAUUUUUUGUUGUUGCUUAGCCUAAAAACAAUAAAAACUUUAUGCGGGCGAAUGCGUCACUGGUUUUUCGGUAUACCACAAAUGAACCCACAGUGAAAGUAAACUUUCAGCUACUUGCUGGUCGAUAUUCUUAGUGCUGUAGUCUGAUUGUGAACAGGAUAGUCAAUUGAGCGUUUUCAAUCACGCGUGCCAACCAGCUAUACAAAUGUAUUGGAAACUGAAGAAGGUUUUUAUAGAAGAAAAAGGUUCCACUCUCAACAAACAUGGCCCACGUUUCAUUGUUUUGGGACACCAAUACGGCCGCUGUGACGUCAUGUAUGUGAAAACGUUUCAUAUUGAAAAAAAACAACGACAACGUUUAGUAGUACUUAUUGUUGUUAUCAAUGAGGAAUGAAACCACAACAGGCGGAUAUUUCAUAUACAUUAUUAUACCAAUACCUUCAGGUUUUCUUUUCGCAGUUGAUUAUAAGUUGCGUCUAACUGCCCGGCUUCAUUCAGGGACGGGUUCAACUAUAUAAAAUUCAUGUAUAUACAUCACUGAAACCAAUACUAUUUCCUUUAUUCAGGAACCACCGAGAAAGGCUCCAUAUUAUCCACUUGGUAGCAAGCCCUUUAGUGGGUUUGGUUUCUGGCCAACAUUUCACUGGCCUGCCCACCUAUUGGAUCAUGAUUACAUGAACACAUGGUUCGAUCCGAGACCUGUGAUGGAAGGUAAUGAUAUAUCGAAGGUUCGAGUCUUUUGCAAUAUGUUUAGCUAUAUUUUGUCUUUCUUCGGCCUGUCGUAAAUUACUACUUAUAACCCCCGCCCCUCCCACUCCUCUAAUAAGGCCCCCAGGUUACACGCCCCUGGAACCAAAAAAAAAUACAUCCGAUAUAUCCUCUGAUAUAAGAAGGCCCCCUCCAAAUGUUUUAAAAAGAAUUCGAUUUAUCAUGACGUUUUGAAGCUUAAUUCAAAACUAGUAAAUGAAAAAUGUCUUUUGAUGAGCACUGCUAUAGCUUGUUUCGAAGCGCUGUAUCUAUUCCGGUUAUAAGGUGAAGUCCCUCCGAUUAUCAGCUCUUCUAACACCCCUUGCCAAGAUGUUUCCGCUCAAGGUUUGUAAGCGUCCCUUUACAGUAAAUUACUUAAUAAGGACUAUCGGAGAUUCCCCGUGAUGACGAUUAUUUGCAGUCUGUCUUUUUUGAAUACAGUGGUGGAUCUAUGUAUGGUGGUAAGAGGAGGGGAAGGAAGUUUGGUGAACGAUCCCCUUAGUGUCACUUUUAAACCCAAGCCGAGGUCCAAGUUUACAUGAUGUGAAACAUUAAUUCUUAAGAUCAAUAUUUUCCUUAUCGCCACACGCUGCAUUAUUCUGGUACUGUCAAUACCAAUAUUACUCAGCGCGUAUCUCACUCGAAGAUCUGAAGUCUCUACCCUGAGUUCCAAAAAGUUGUUGGCUCCUGGGAGAGCCGAUAUAUAUUUUCAAACAUUUUAAUGUUGUUCUUGCCAGAUCUUUGAUAUCGAUGUUUGUGAAGUAUCUAUAAUUUUUCAGUCUUUAUUCAUUCGUUUUCUCCUUAUCUCAGACAAAGGAAUUAUGGCCCAGCCAGAUAUUAAACAAGAACCGUUGUCUCCCACUGAUAGAAUCUUGCCAUCAUGUUCUCAAGAAGGUGAAAUGGAAGAGGUAACGUGUUGGAUGUUUUUUUCUUGAGAAAUCAGUAUUUCUACCAGUAGUUAAUAUUCCGAAUGAAACAAAUCUUAGCUAUUAAUGGCCUGUACGCAGCUAAAUUCCCACUUUCUCCGGAUCGUUUGACAGAUUUCUGAAGAAAGACCGCAUUCCAUGAAGUAGAUCGCAGAAUUAUUCCUCGCUAAACAAUAAGCCUUUUUUAUAGUUUCUCUUUUUGCAUUUUGAAUAAAUAUGUCUCGUUUAUACUAUACAGUUCUUUUAAAAUAAAUAUUCACUCGUGUGUUCUUUCAAUUUUUCAGAGUUCCCCAGAAGUUGCCAAAGUUAUUGUCAAGGAAGGUGAGCGUUUUUUAAUUUAAGUGUUCUUAGAAGCAAAUAUUAUAGCUCUCUUACAUAAUGGAAUUACUUUAUGCAAUCUCACAAUUAAAAAACACUUUGAUUUUAAAAAUUAGAAAUCGCAGACUCAGCUUAAUAUUCUUGUUCCCUUAUUGCGGUCACCUCCCGACCUGUUCCUUAUAGUGCUUUUAUUUAGAUGAAACUGGAAGUAAUGUUGGUUUUAGUCAAUGUUCAAAAUAACUUUUGUAAGAGUAACAUGCAGUAUCAGCGCUGUAGCUAGUAUGAGGCCAACCGAGGCACUCGCCUCGGUAAAAUUUUGACGAAUUUCGCCGAUCAUUUUUAUUUUACAUAAGAGAUCAUCGGAUAUUUUUAACGCAUCAUGAUAUUACAAAGAAUUCAACAAUUCAGUCAAUAUACUAUGAAAAAAUUACCAUAUCAUCGAUCUCAAGGGGCUACGUACGUUAACUCAAAUUUUUUUUGAACAAAUACUGAUCAAAACCAUUGGCGAGGUUAACGGUCACCCAGAUUAUGUAGCUUGUUUCUGAUUAUUGCUUUUUAAAUUCCACUUAAAUUAACUCGAAAAAAAGGUUACCGAAAGGCCCAGAAAACGCUGCAAAUCGCAUUUCCGAGAGACUAAAGUUCAAAAUUUCUCGGGGGGGCGGGGGGGGGGGGCAUGCCCCCGAACCCCCCUAGCAACUCCCGCCCGCCUCGGUUGGCCGUUUGGUCUGGCUACGGCACUGAGUAUACAUGUCAAAAGGCUUUAUCUCAUAAGAAUAACUUGAUAAAAAGGUUUUUUCUCUUAUCCUUUGUAGAGGAUGAAGUUCCCAGCGACCAAGAAAUCAUUGACGUAAGUUUUACAGUUAAAUGAGUGUCGGCUCAAAUCAGAACUAGAAACGUGUUUACCUGAUAAACUACAUUCAGUAAUCUCUACGUACGUCUCAGUUAAAAAAAAACUACAACUAGGCUAAAAACAAAAUGGAAUCCGUAAAGCAUGAUACCUUCGUUUUUGUUUUAAUGUUUUAUUGUUUUUUUUUUCUUGACAUUGAAUCGUCUUAUUAUUUAUAGCUUGUGGACCAAAUGUCAGAACAAAGCAAUUCGUCUUAUGAAGACUUGGACGCGCUAGAAGCAGCCAGUGAAGAAGGUAGGAUAUUGAACAAUUUAUUUUCUAGCCGGAACCGUGUAACCGUGGUACCAACAGAAAAAGAAAGAUCAGCACAGGGGGUCAUGACAUAAAAAUGAAAUGGAAAUAAAAGUUUUAAAUUAGUUUCAACUGUUAUGAGGUUAACCAAAUUUAAGGUCUUAGUCAUGUGAAAGGAUCAUUAAAAAGUUUUAAGUAACUGACAAAUUGUGGCACGAAACAGCUAUUUGCGACUAACAAUUUUACGUUUAGCGACCGAAAGUUUAAGUUGAACGCCUCGGUUACGAUUACGAUUACAGAUUAACCCAACUGGGCCUACGAGAUCCUAUCGAUCUUUCACCUGCGUAGAUAUAGCUUACUUUUUUAUGAUGACGAGUUUUUCCUUUUUUCAGUAUUUAAAUAGUGAAACGUCCCUGAUCUUUUGUUUUGCUUCUGUUGUAUAGAUUUUACAGAGAGUCCACCCAAAGCUACUAUGAGGCCUCCACUGCGGCUGGUCAUAAAGACCGAAGACUCUUCCGGUUAUGGGAACGAGUAUGCGACUUCGCUUCCUCUUACACCUGACUCUACUAGGGAGAUUUUAAGUGUGAUCAGCAGGUGCUGAGUAAUCUUUCACCGUCCUUUACAAUGGCCACUUUCAGUAACAAAUCUUUUGAGUUAUCAAAGCAUUUCUUCUUUUCGCUAAAGUAAAAGAUAUGGCGGUUCAAUUAAAUUGUUCUAAGGACAACGCUGUGUCGACGGAGAGAAGGAACAUUAUGGACAUGAAUUUUGACAUCAUCCCGGGUCACUGGCACAGUUGUCUGGGCAGACUGACCACAGGAGUUUUUACCGCCGUCGCUGGAUGGCCCAAGGCCGUGUCCACACUAGUCCAGACGUUUGCUUUUACGUCUUAGUUGUGUUCACACGAAAAUGUUGCAACGAUCAUCGUUAACGCUCUCCAGAAAUGAUAAGCUUGUAAACGCGGGUAAAUAUUGUUCUCGUGAAAAAAGACUCGUAUGGACAUAGGUUUGUUAGAAACGUCAAAAAUGACCGAGGCAAGAAAUUUGCAACAAGAAAGAAGUCAACGGACAAAAAUUCUGUUACGUCAACUUAACCAAUUGUUACCCAUAUACUGUAAACAGUAAGGUUAACAAUAAUAAUGUAAC